UCACGAAAUAAAAUUAUUACAAAAUGAAAUCGAUUUUAAUAACCGGUUGCAAUCGUGGCAUAGGUUUUGGACUCGUGAAACAUCUCAUACAAUUACCGAAACCACCGGAAAAUAUAUUUGCAACUUGCCGUGAUGUGAACAAAGCGACGGAGCUGAAAAAACUUGCUGAGAGAUCAAGAAACAUCCAUAUCAUUGAAAUAGAUUUAGUUAACACAAACAAUUAUGAAAAGAUAGUAAAUAUUGUCAGAGAAAAAGUAGGAUCGGGAGGACUGAACGUUCUUUUUAAUAAUGCUGGGGUUUCACAAAAAUUUUCACGGAUUGGUAUGGUUAAGGAGGAAAAUCUGAUAAAUAAUGUCUUUAUUAAUACAAUAGCUCCAAUUAUGUUAACGAAGGCACUUUUACCGUUGUUAAAAAUUGCCUCUAAAAAUAAUGAGACUGAAAACAAUAUGAGUAUAAACAGAGCAGCUAUUAUCAAUAUGUCUUCGAUUCUUGGUAGUAUUACACUUAAUGAUCAAGGAGGUUUUUACUCGUAUAGAUGUAGUAAGGCAGCUCUUAAUGCUGCAACAAAAUCUAUGAGUAUAGAUUUGAAAGAUGAUGGGAUUUUAGUUAUUUGUUUGCAUCCUGGAUGGGUGCGUACCGAUAUGGGAGGAAAUAAUGCACCUAUGGAUAUAGAUACCAGUAUUUCCAAUAUUUUAAAUGUUAUGAAAAUGCUCUCAGAUAAACAUACUGGUUCUUUUAUUCAAUAUGAUGGUACAGUUUUACCAUGGUAACUUUUAAUCCAAAAAUAUACUAAUAAGUAUAACACGAAUAUUGUGCCACACUACCUUUCCAUUCGAUUAUGAAAGUAUAGGAAAUAAUGUAAAAUUAAAAAAA